AUGGAAGAAAAUAAAGAGGAAGCGCUUAAGGCGGUAGAGAUUGCUGAGAAGAAAUUUUCUCAGAGGGAUUUUGAAGGUGCGAAAAACUAUGCUUUAAAGGCGAAAACUCUUUGUCCUGAGUUGGAUGGUGUAUCUCAAAUGGUGGCGACGUUUGAAGUUUAUUUUGCUUCUGAGUUUAGACAUAAUGGGAAGCUUGACUAUUAUUCGGUUCUUGGACUGAAACCUACUGCAGAUGAAGCGGCUGUUAAAAGAAAGUACAAGAAGUUGGCAGUGUUGCUUCAUCCAGAUAAGAACAAAUGUGUUGGAGCUGAUGGGGCGUUUAAGCUUGUUUCCGAGGCGUGGACUUGUCUCGACAAUGCCAUGCGUAGUUCUUAUGAUCUCAAGAGAAGUUAUUCUUCUGUUGUUCAGGCUACAGGUUAUAACAACUGUUCCAAUAUGCCGCCAAACUCUUCUAGUAAACUCGACACCUUUUGGACAAUCUGUACCGCUUGUAAGGUUCAGUAUGAGUAUAUGCGCAAGUAUGUGAAUAAAAAACUCUCUUGUAAGAACUGCCGUGGCGUUUUUAUUGCUGUUGAAACUGGUGCAGCCCCUGCAAAUGGUUCAUUUCCGUAUCAACCUAGGCCAUAUGUGCCAGGAAAUGGGUUUGGAAGUCAAUCAAUUGACGGAAUGGGCUCUGCUGGUUUUAUCCAUCAAAAUGGAUCGCCUACUGCUCUACCUGCGGGUUCUGUUCAUCAGGUCAAUGGAAAUGCAAAGAGGGGAAGACCAAAAGUCAAACCAGAAGUAGCUAAUGGAAGGCAUCCUAUGGCGGAGACCAUGGUCAACAUAAACUCACAUGUAUCGUUCUCGUGUAAUGAACUGCAUGAAGUUAAGCUAGGUAGACCUGACAAGAAACGUAAACUUACGGUGGCAGCCAGUUUCAGAAACGGAUAUGAUGAAAAAGGAUCAAAAUGUGCUUCAGAUGCAGUAGUGUCAAAUGGAAAUGAUAGUGUUGGAAAUAGCAGACCUGGCCAGAAGCUUUCCGGUGUAAAUGAAGUUCAAACCAAACACUGUUUCACUCCACCUGCAUUUGACGCGAGGAAGUUAUUGAUUGAGAAAGCCAGGACAGUAAUUAAGAAGAAACUCGAAGAAAUGAAGUUGUCAUCCGAAGCUGCAGUUCAAAAAGAAAAAGAAAAAGAAAAGGCGCAACUUCCGAAUGUUGUUUGUCAAGUCAAAAGAGAGACAUGUAGGAAAGCACCUCCGAAUGUUGUUUCCGGUCUUUCAUUUGAACGCGGGAAAGCCAAUCCGAUCUCAAUAACUGUCCCGGAUUCUGAUUUUCACGACUUCGACAAAGAUAGGACAGAGGAAUGUUUCCAGCCAAAGCAAGUAUGGGCCUUAUAUGAUGAAGAAGAUGGAAUGCCGCGAUUGUAUUGUCUGAUCCGCGAGGUUAUAUCUGUUAAUCCUUUUAAGAUCCAUAUCAGUUACUUAAAUUCCAAAACUGAUACCGAGUUUGGCUCAGUAAACUGGCUUGAAUCAGGUUUUACCAAAUCUUGCGGAAAUUUCAGGGCUUGGACUUCAGAUAUUGUCGACCAAGUCAACAUAUUUUCUCAUGUUCUAAGCCGCGAAAAGGCUGGUCGAGGUGGUUGUGUCCGCAUAUAUCCAAGAAGUGGAGAUAUUUGGGCUGUUUAUCGAAAUUGGUCACCAGAUUGGAACCAUUCUACACCUGACAAAGUAAGGCAUGAAUAUGACAUGGUGGAGGUGCUGUAUGAUUACUCUGAGGAUCUUGGUGUCUGUGUUACUCCCCUUAUCAAGUUAGCUGGAUUCAAAACAGUAUACAAAAGGAAUCCUGACCAAAGUGCCGAAAGAUGGAUACCGAGAAGAGAAAUGGUACGCCUUUCACAUCAAGUUCCUUCUUGGUUGCUGAAAGGGGAGGAAAGCAAAUUGCCGGAUCGGUGUUUUGAUCUUGAUCCAGCUGCAACUCCGGACGAGCUUCUUCAUACUGCUGCUACAGAAGCAAAAGCUUUGUAG